UUUCACUGACCCUUCAGUCUGAAAAUCGAAGCUUCUUUUCUUUCAGUAUUUUUCUCCUAUUUUGACUUGGAAAAUUGUUUAUGCCUUUAUGGUAUAUUUCCUGAAAUUGCCGUAUUUUUUCUUUAUUUGAUAAUAUUUUAACAGUGUUGUGAUCUUUGAUUUCACCGUAAAGGAAGGGUCUUUGCCUAAGCAGUCAAAUUCAGAUUUUUCGUUCAGAUCAUUCUUGAAUUGGCCUUUUCUUCACUGUGGUUCUUUCUUCAGUGAGCUUGAUAUACCUUGAGUAUAGGAUAUAAUGCGUACAAAAGCACUUCUUGCUCAAUGCUUGCCUGGUUUCAUAUCUCAAGACCGAGGGUGUCACAUGUCAGUGAUAUCCGACAGAGAUGUCCAUCUUCCCUCACCAGCUGUAGAAAUAGUUCCAUCAAAGGCUGCUCAUCCCUACAAAUAUGCUGGUGAGGCUGUAGAUUUACAAGGAAUCAAUUUCUUCAAGGGUAGAGUCAGUGUCGCUGAUAUAAUUGGGUUCACUGGUUCAGAAGCAAUAUCCUCAAAGUCAGAUGGACAUCUUAAAUCUUGGGACAGCUCAAUUGAUCUUGUUAAUGUUCUCAAGCAUGAGAUUCGGGAUGGACAACUGAGCUUAAGAGGCAAAAGGGUACUUGAGCUUGGUUGCAGUCAUGGGCUUCCUGGAAUUUUCGCUUUUUUGAAGGGAGCUUCGACAGUACAUUUUCAAGACCUCAGUGCAGAAACUAUAAGAUGCACCACCAUCCCUAAUGUUUUAGCAAACCUUGAGCAGGCCCGUGAUAGACAGAGCCGCCAACCUGAGAGCCCUUUGACUCCUUCAAGACAGAUUCUUGCUCCGGUGGUCCACUUUUAUGCUGGAGAGUGGGAGGAACUCCCUACAGUCUUAUCUGUGGUGAGGAAUGAUAUAUCCGAGGUACCAACAGGGAUGAGCCUUAGCUUGUCAGAGGAGGAUUUCAUGGAUGGCUGUAGUAGCCAAGAAGGUAGCAUAUUGGCGCAGGAGUCUUCCUUGAGGAGAUCUAGGAAGCUCUCUGGAAGCAGAGCAUGGGAGAGGGCUAAUGAUGCAGACAAUGGCGAAGGUGGAUAUGAUGUAAUUUUAAUGACUGAACUUCCCUACUCAGUGCCCUCCCUCAAGAAGCUACAUGGGCUGAUAAAGAAGUGUCUGAGGCCUCCCUAUGGAGUAAUAUACCUGGCUGCUAAAAGGAAUUACGUGAGCUUUAACAGUGCAGCACGGCAUCUGAGAAGCGUGGUAGACGAGGAAGGUGUUUUUGGCGCCCAUUUAGUGAAAGAGCUAACAGACAGAGAGAUCUGGAAAUUCUUUUUCAAAUAAAAGGCAUUUCUUCAACAGCCGAAAUUUUAUUCAUCUAACAUUGUUCUUACUUUUAUGCUUCUAUAUUUAUUUAUCUUACAUGCGUUAUGUGAUGAUAGAUUGACAUUAUACGUGGCUUUGAGUCCUGUUAGUCUACUUAUGUAGUUAUUUUUGCUUGUGGACCUUUUCUUCCUUAUCUUGAAGGUGUAAAUUAAAUGUAUAUUUUCUUGAUUUAUACAUGAUGUAAUGAUUCUCCACUUGGGCUAGAUUGAAAUGUCACAUUAAUCAUAAUUCCUUUGAUUGGUUUGAAA